UCUCUCUCUGUCUCUCAUGAAUAAAUAAAUAAAAAUCUUAAAAUAAAAUAAAAUAAAAUCUUAAAAAAAGGAAAGAUUUCGGGUUGGGUGACACCCCCCCACCCGCUCCUUAUCCUAUGUGCUUCCCCUUCCGGUGCUGAGGGGAAAAAGAAGGGAAGAAGGUACAGAGAAGAGGGAAGGGAAUGGCAACUGUCCACCAGAAGUGAGUGGAGGUGGGAGGGAGGGGAAGGGGUAGGGGAAGCCGUGAGAAGAAGACAUUGCCAAAGAACAACGGAGGGAGGCUGUUUCCCUGAGGACAAGCAUCUCCUCCCUCCUGCUCCGUCUGUCAGCAUUUGGGGGUAAGGUCAGGGGAGAGGACUUAGGAAGAGAAGGGGACACCCUCAGAAACCACAGCUCUUAGGAGUGGGGCUGCCGCGGUGGGCCCCUCCCCCACUUGAUGACCCCCACCCCCACCCUUCAGGAAUAUUCCGUGGCGGUUAGGGGCCCUGUCCUACUGGAUGGGUUGUUCUUUCCCAGACCCCAGGCCCUGUGGCGCCAGGUGCUCUGCUGGAUAGAAAUAUUUAGAAGAUGAGGGACGACUGAGCCCAGCAAGAGAAGGGGGAGAUGGGGUGGAGGGGACAGGGGGAGACAGGGGCUGCUCAAGAUGGGGGCAGGGGACUUUAGGGAUGAGUUCCCGGGGUCAGGAGGAGAAAGGGAUGAGCACCAGACACUUGGAAAGGAAGUCAGAUGCUGAGAAGCAGGAUGGGGCAGAGGGAAGCUGGCUCAAGAAGAGCGGGUAAAGAACUCCCUCUCUGAGCCCAGAAGUAGCAGUCAGGGGCUCAGGGAUUACAGCUCAGAGCCCCGGAGGAUCUCCGUGUUGCCCCUGUGGUGGAGAAUUACACACAGCUCCCGCUGGAUAGCGCAGGUCCUGGCCUCAGAGCUCAGCCUGGUCGCCUUCGCCCUGAUGCUGGUCAUGGUCUUCUCCAAGAAAUGGCUGUGCCCCUCUCAAAGCCGCUUCUACCAGCGCUGGCCCACCAACGUCAGCGCCAGAAUCUACACGGCCACUCACGUCAUGUCCAUGGGGCCCCUGCGGAUCUGCAAAUCCAAGAGCUGUUCCAACUCAGAAAAUUGGAAUGUUAUCCUUAUUUUCUUCACCCUGAUGUUGUUUCCUAUUAACCUCUGGAUCUUUGAGUUGAAGAAGAAUUUAUCAGUCCCCAUCGGCUGGAGCUAUUUCAUAGGCUGGCUGGUGUUUGUCCUCUAUGUCACCUGUGGUGAGUGGCCUGAGGGCCCCGGGCAGGAGGGGACAUGGGUGGCUCGGGGCAGAGGAAGUGUGCAGGGAGGGAGGCAGGUAACCCCCAAGGACAAGUUCUUAGGGAAUUAUCUUCCCUUUGGCCUCACCUCGCUGGCCACUUUCUUCCGGUUCUCCAAAUUUCCUCUCCCCCAUCCCUUUGUGCUUUCCCAGCAGCCCUCUGUUACUUCAACCACCAACACUUCUGGAUGGUGAUUAUGAACCGUCCCUGUGGCACUAAGUUCUGCAGCAACUGCUCCAGCCCUCUACAAAACUUGCUGAAGAAGCCGGUUGUCUCACAUGCCUCUAUCACCCAGAGGGAAGUCCCGGAUCCUGAGCAAAAGAAGGCAUCUUUGUAAACUUGUCGGAAAUCCUGCCCAUUCAUCUGCAUCCCUGUCCUCAUCCUUUCUCACAACCUUGGGGGGGUGGUUGGCCUUCAUCACUGCAAGGAGUUAGAGAGGGAGAAUAUUACUUUUCCUCCUUGUUCCUGCUUGCUUAUUGUUGGGGCGAUGUGGAAUAAAUGGUCUCUUGUUUAUCAUGUCUGGCUGUUGUUGAGACAAGACAACUUGAAGGAGGAGAAGGAGGGAGAAAGAACAACUUUGUUUCCCAAUUGUUCCUCCUCAGGAGCCUUUUGGCACCCUUUGGUUCCCAGAAGUGCCCAAUCUCUCCUGUAGCACACGGGAGUUUUGUU